UUGGUCGUUUGCGCGGCCGGAAGAGAGUCGACGACGAUGGCGCGAGGUGGCGCGUGGGCCGCGGCGGCGGCGGCGGCGGUGUGGUGGAUGGCGGCGGGGGCGGAUGCAGUGUGGCUGGAGAUUGCGCCGUCCGGGUCCAAGUGCGUGUCGGAGGAGAUCCAAUCCAACGUCGUCGUCAUCGGCGACUACUCCGUCCUCUACGAGCACCACCACGCCCACCCCACCGUCUCCGUCAAGGUUACAUCCCCUUUUGGAGACAUUGUGCAUAAGAAAGAAAAGGUUUCAAUGGACCGGUUUUCAUUCACCACAGCGGAAGCUGGAAACUACCUGGCUUGCUUUUGGAUUGAUGGAGAGGACAGGGGGUUAAUGGCGAAACUAAACCUUGAUUGGAAAAUUGGGAUUGCUGCUAAAGACUGGGAUUCUGUUGCUAAAAAGGAAAAGAUCGAGGGAGUUCAGCUAGAGAUGCUCAAGCUUGAAACAGCUGUUCAAUCAAUCCAUGAAAAUCUGCUUCUGCUCAAAUCCAAAGAAGCUAACAUGAGAGAUGUCAGUGAGAAGACGAAUGCUAGGAUCACGUGGUUGAGCUUGCUGUCUCUAAGCGUUUGCAUUGCGGUCUCUGUUUUGCAGUUGUGGCAUCUACAACAGUACUUCUGCAAAAAGAAGCUCAUCUAAGUGACGUUCGUAAUAUAGUCCUCUGCAAUAAGCGCACUGUUGUGUUUUACUUUGUGCAUGAGAUGUGAUGGUUUCUCCGUCACAAGCCAAGCAAAUUUGUAAAUAAACUGGUAACAUUUCAUAACCUGAAAUCCAAGUUCAGAUGGCACGAGACUGCUGUUUUUUAUGUUC